CUGGGUGUUUCUGAACACUCGUGUCACAUGAUCGUGCCAGUGUUUUUGUUAAGUGUUGAAGGCGAGUGCAGUUAACCGCAGAGCUAGCAGACAAGUGCUGAGCCAUCCCGAGGGAAACAACAGAAAUAUGGUGCAAAUCUGUCGUGUCCAGUCAUGGUUUGUGGGAGUAACGCCACUCCUCAUUUUCGUGACUGUCCUGCACCAGGGCUUUGCUACUGUUGCCCCGCCCACUCCCGCACCACACAAAGAACCCGGAAGACCUGAAAGAGGACACUACAACGUCACGAAUAACGGCACCAUCUGUUUAAUGGCAUACAUGGGCCUCCAGCUCAACAUUUCAUACAACUCCACCUCCCAGAAAAAGGUUGUCCAGGAUGUGAUGAACUUACAACCCAAUUUGACAAAGCACUCUGGAUCAUGUGAUUCUGAGAUCGCGUCCCUGCAGCUCACAGUGGAUGCUGUUAAAACCAACCUCAUUUUUGUCUUCACAAUGAACUCCACAUCCAACAAGUACCACUUAAGUGAAGUGAACGUGUCAGCGGCCUGGCCGGACAUGAAAGAGCAUAUUUCAGGCCAUAACAGCAGUCUGGACUACCUGCGGGGAACCGUGGGGUACUCGUACUACUGCCGUGACGAGCAAACUCUAAACGUGGUCCAGAAUUUGUCCAUCAACACCUUCCAGUUGCAGGUGCAGCCUUUCGCCGUUAAAGGAGAUCAGUUUGGAGCAGCUGAGGAAUGCCAGCUGGAUGAAGAUGACAUGUUGAUCCCCAUUGUAGUCGGAGCAGCUUUAGCGGGGCUCGUUGCCAUCGUGCUCUUGGCCUACCUCAUUGGGAGGAAGAGGAGCCAUGCUGGCUACCAGAGCAUCUGAGGUCACUCCUUACUCACAUGUUGUCAGAGGCCUGAACGCGGCCCUACCCUACCUGAAAAUUAACCACUGUCUUUCGAGACUUGAAGCUCGCCCCUCUUCCCCUCCAUGUUUCUCUCCCUGCCUCUGUGUGUCUGUGCUGUUCUUUGCCCUCAUAAGUAACACUAAUUAUUAUCACCUUGUUGAGGUUCAUAUGUGCUUUCUGAACUGACCCGCUCUUUCUUAAAAAAGGGAAUUAUUUAGAAGAUUGUAAUGAAAUGAGGCCAACUUCUCACUGGUACUAUGUAAAGGAGGGAAUGCAUGUUUGCAGAGGAUCAAUUAUAGUCCUCGAGUUGCUAUUUAUGAUUUCUAUGAAAGGAAUUUUGAGGGAUUUGGGGAUUUAGAAACUGGGGUUUGUCUGUUAUGGAAUGACCAUUUUUAUUGGUCCAGCAUAAAAUGAGGUUUGCUGUUACAAAGGGAAUAUUUCUGCCAGUUAUACUUAAACUACGUCCGACAGUUGAGAACUGAACUGAUUAUUUACCUGCAAGCUGUAUGCACGUUUGAAAGAACAUAUUUAGAAACACAAUAACCUAAUCCUAAAAAGGAUGUGUGAGGAGUCCUCUUGUAGCUCUAAGAUGCAUUUUAGAAUUAACUUUCUUUUUUUAAGCAGGGUUAGUGUUUCAAAGCUUUUCACUCCCUUUUUCGGACACACAGCAUGUUUUCUGUUGUGAGUCAGUUUUAGUUUCAUUCAGCUUGUGGAAAUGGACAGACUGGCCAGACUCGUACUCCCACUGUAAACUACCUGUGUAUUAUUUUUACAUUGGAUGAGUUGGUCACUUCAUGUGUUGCGGCCGUUAAGGCACAGGUAGCCUUUGCAGUAUUUUCCUGAAUGGCAACUGUCACCACUCACAAUACCGCGACAUAAGCGCUGAUAUUGAAAGAGAAAACGUCAAAACCGAAAGCAAGGAUUUUCCUGAAAGUUUUUCGCACGAGGUCACCACUUUUAAAUCUCAUCGCAAUGUGCAACGACAACAAAAUGGCGGCAGGGGCCAAUGGUUGUGAUAUCGUUUCCGGCACGCACCGCUGUUCAAAAGGGGGAGCAUUAAAACACUGACCUUUGUUACCUUCAGUACCUUCUCCUCUUGCUUCCGUUCUUAAUCAACAUGCAGUCUUUGGCUAUAGCUUUGCACUGACCAGCCACAGCAUCAAAACCACUGGCAGCUGAAGUGAACCGUGAUGUUUAUUUAAUUUCAGUGCAGUAUUCUGCUGGGAAGGGUUGGGCACUACAAGUCACGUGGAAGUCUCUGUAGCUUGAGUUAAAGGCAACUGGAUUUCUUUUGCAGUGACUUUGAAGCUUCUUCAUUUCUAAAAGCUGGUGGAGAGUCAUAGUUGACUUCUGAUCAAGUACUAAAAAAGGAACCCUUAGAGCUAAAAAAGAAAAUCCAGCUGCCUUCAACUGAAGUCAAGACAGUUUGUGUCGAUGUUACUUUAAUCUGCAGCAUAAACCUUACUGGAAAUUCAGCACAAACCAGGAUAGCAUCUGCAUCUCCCUGCAGAACAAUUCACCAGACUACACUCUAGAAACAUUUCACGAAUGGCUUGAGGAACAUGACAAAGUGCCAAAGGUGUUGACCUGGCCCUCAAGCUCCCCAAAGCCCAAACAGAUGUGCCAGAAAUGCACAUCUGUUACCAUGUCAGUGUCCCAGCAGUCAAUAGUAAAUGAUCUGAUACUUAUAUAGUUCUUUGCUACUGAAUUUGAGCUCUCAAAGUGCUUCCUACUACAAACCUCAUUCAGCCAUUCACACACAUUCAUAGGAGUGCUUUUUUUUUCUAUGACAAAGCACUUUUUAAUCUAACCUAACACACACUCCCAGUCUGAGAAACUCAGGGUUCAGCAUCUGGCCUGAGGAUUGCCCAGAGAUUGAAUCAGCGAUCUCCCGCUUAACAGAUGACCUACUCAGCGUCAGUGCCACUGACUCUAUUUUGGUGGCGCAAGGGGGACGUGCCAUGUUAGAUAUCUGGUUUUAAAGUUGUGGCUGACUAGUGUAUAUUUACUGUGUAGAUAAAGAAACAGUUGACACAAAAGCAACAAAAAAAGUUUAUUUCCCACAAGGCUGAUAGUCACUCCUAUGAAUUCUGUCGUUACAACACAACCAAAACAGGAUCUAACAGCAUUGUUGGUUUAAAUGAAGCCCAAAGCCUAAACAUCUCUGUAGGAACUUAACAAAAUUCCUACAGAGAUGGUUUUGUUUUGCUUGGGAUGUUGGUUCCUGAAAGAAAAGCAGUUUAACUGCAGUCCUGAGAAACAGCCCCGUGUCAUUAUUAAAAAGGCCAAAGUGCUCUGGUCAGUGUUCAUCAGUGCCUUCCCAGCUGUAACAUGGAUGGGAUUCAAGUAAUGCUAAUAUCACACAGGAACUCGCUCACUCACCCACACUGUGCUGCCAUAACUGAGACAUGUUUGUGUCUCCUGUAGCCUUCGUGUACUGUUACUACCAUAAAUAUGCAUUGUUCGAUAUAGUAGGAAAAAGCACAGAUAAUUUGUGUUUUUGUGUUUGUUUUUUUUCUCCCUCCCUCAUGUUAAUACUCAUGUAGUUAUUUAAUAUUUAAGUUUUAUUAGAUUCGUCUGAACAUUUUUUUUUUAAGGAGAGGUCAAUAAAAGUGAUGAAUGAGGCCAUCUGA